AUUGAAAAGUCAGUUUAGGAAUGUUAAAAUUUGGCUUAUUACAACGACAAGCACUGUCAUCCAAUGACGCCACUGUAUUUAGCAUACGACUAUGCCGACACUAUCCAGCUAAAUUCAUCUUUAAACGAUCUGGGAACAGAAAUACAGAAAAAGAUAGAUUUUUGUGUGGUAGUUGUAAAAACUUUAUAUGAAAUUUGGGGGCGUGAUGGACUCACCAGAAAUGAUUACUCAGUUCCGGUUUCUUUCGACUCCCGGAUGAAGGGAAGUAGUAUUAUGGUCUGUUACCUCAGCUAACUGAACAUUACUCGACCAAGAUGGCUCGUCGUCACCGCAGCCAAAGGAUACCAUCAGGCGUAGAAGAAUGGCAAAUGGCUCGCAAUUGGUUGAACAGUUUAGGAGUUUUACCACAGUUUCACCGAGUAUUAUACCCCACUGCAACUGUCUUUGAACUGGCUCAGUCCCUUCGAGAUGGUGUUUUACUGUGUCAAGUGGCUAAUCGUUUGCGUCCCAACUCUGUUCCAGACAUCACCAUGAGACCCCAAAUGUCACCGUUCUACUGUUUGAAGAAUAUUCGAAAUUUCCUCGCUUCUUGUACACGGGAUUUUGGUCUCACUUCAGAGGCUUUGUUUGAUGCUAACGAACUGUACGAUGUUUCUGAUUUCGCCAAGGUGAUUAAAACUCUUUCAAUCCUCUCCCAUACACAGUUUGCAAUUGCAGCUGGAUUUGAGCCAUUUCCGCCUGAAAAUUCUGGACAUGACAUUCAAGAUGAGGAUCUUUAUUCAAAUCUUGAAGAUCUUGCUUUGGAUCGUGAUAUAACUGAGGAAGAAAAUCCCUAUGAUGCAGUAACCAUUGAAGAAGGCACAAAAAUUUAUGAGGACCUUGUUUCUUACCAGAGAUUUCCAAAGCCAGAGAGACAGACCUCCAUAGAAGAAAAAAGAAAUUAUGUGGUAGCUGAGCUUCUUGAAACAGAGAAGAGUUAUGUUGAAGCACUCAAGAUGAUCCAAGAGCACUUUAUCAAGAAGUUACAAUCAAUGUUGUCACCAGAUGACAGGGCUAAGAUCUUUAUCAAUAUAGAGGAGAUACUUCGAACUCACACAAAAUUUGUUGGAAAGCUAGAGAAAGGUUGUAAUAGUGGACAAAUCAGUCCUGUUUUUCUUGAAUUUAGGGAUGAAUUACUUAAGUAUGGAAAAUAUUGCACAAAAAUGUCUGAAGCUCAAUCUUAUAUCGAUGAAUUAUCAAGAACAGAUCCCAAGUUUCGUGAAGCUUUAGAGGAAUGUCAAAGAAGAGCGAAGAGCAAGUUUGCCUUGAGGUCAUUGUUAGUAGUACCAUUUCAACGUGUUCUAAAGUACCCCCUUUUAAUUCAGGAACUUAACAAGCAGACAAAGCCUGGUCAUCCAGAUAAACAGGGCCUUGAGAAAGCACUUGCUGCAGUACAGGAUGUUGCUAAGUUUAUUAAUCAUUUGAAACGUGAUGAUGAGAACUCAAGAUCAGUAAAGGAUGUAGAAGACAGCUUGAGCAGUGAAGUGAAUAUCAAUUUAUUCAGCUUUGGCCAUCUCAUCAAAGAUGGUGAACUACUUAUAAAAGUCAGUGAUCAACCACCAAAGAAGAGGCAUGCUUUUCUUUUUGAUACAGCUUUAAUUAUUUGUAAGACAAAGGGGGAGACAUACCACCACAAGCAAUCUUUAUUUCUCCAGUAUUACGAAAUUCAAGACGUAGGUUCUUUACAAGUCAAGAAUAAGUUUUCACAUAGUUGGUAUAUGAAAAAUGAACAAGAGCGAAAUUGUUGCUACAUGUCCACCAAGACGGAAGAUAUGAAAAGUAAAUGGGUUAACGAUAUUGCAGUGGCCAUGGAGAAUGUCACAUUAAAGAAUGUUGAACAAGGCAGUCAUAAAUUUGAACUGUACACGUUCGCGACGCCAACUUAUUGUGGAGUUUGUUGUAAUCUUUUAUGGGGUUUAACAAACCAAGGAUACAAGUGUGCCAUUUGUGAUGCUACUGCUCAUAAGGACUGUAUACCCAAAAGUGCAGCAUGCCGAGCGAGUCCUGGGAUCCAUGGUCAGUUCUCUGGUACAUCGCCGUUUCGUCCCCAUAUGGCGCAUAGAAAUCCUUUCUCCAAACAGAGUUCAUCGCCCACUUCUUCGAACUUCAGCCCUGACCUGUCUAAACAAAGAAAGAUUUCAGCGCCGGGGAGGAUACGGCAAGAAAAUUCGAGUAAGACUCUUUUUGUCGCGACUUCAAAUUUUGCUGGAAUCGCUCCUGGUGGCCGCCCAGUUUUAAGUUUUGUUGUAGGAGAUGAUAUAGAAGUUAUCAACAAGCAUGAUCCAGAAUGGUGGGAGGGACGGUCGAAGAAGACUGGGGCAGUUGGUUAUUUUCCUCAAAGCCACGUGACGUUAAAAGCAACAUCCCGCUAUGAAGAAACCACGAUUAAAGAGGAAGUCCAUUCCACUCCUCCACCGUCACAUCUAAACGUUUCUCUAAAAAGUUACAACUGGUUUGCGGGAAAGAAAGACAGACCGUUAGCAGAACAAGCGCUAACAGACAAAAGUGACGGCACUUUCCUUAUAAGGGAAAGUGUGAACAGAUCUGGAGAAUACGCCUUAUCCGUCAAAUUUCGCAAUAAUGUUAAACAUAUCAAAAUUCCAUACGAAGAAGGAGCUUUCUAUCUAACAAAAGCAAUUACCUUUCCAUCAGUAGAGGAACUAGUUGAAUACUACAAGAACAACACACUGCGGGUGAGCUUUCCUGGACUAGACACGAAAUUACGACACGGUGUCAACGAAGAACAAAAAAGCAAAGACGGAAUUGGCUGGGCCAAAGCCUUGUAUUCGUAUGCGGCGAGGAACCCAAAAGAAAUCUCUAUCCAGAAAAAUUCCAAGAUUCUCAUACUUAACCAAGAAGGGGACUGGUGGAGAGGAGAAUGCGAGGGUCAGGUUGGUUACUUUCCGUCAAAUUACGUGGAGGUCCUUAAAGAAACCAUAGAGCCCCAGGAUUAAUACAGUGGAACUGGAUAUGAUUUGGAAGCUAGCAUUGAAUGCCCAAGGGUGACGUGAGAGAACGAUGACAGUUAAUAUUCAAAAUGAGAUUGUCGUGGAUCAAAGCUCGACGUAGAAAUUAACAUGAUCGGGGAUGGCUGCCAUCAAUCAAUUCGUGGGAUAUCAGAGUCAAGUUUCCUUUAGGGAUGUUAGGACGAUUUGAUGAAUGUUUGACUGAACACCAACCAGUGCCAAGAGUUACCACCACGGCGACAAAGGAACGUUUUGGAACCACGCUCGUUAUUGGUUUAGACAAUGACAGACAUGCGCUCUUGAUUCUUAUUUUAAUGAUAGGCCUAACGAGGAAGGUCAUGGUUAUGCUGGUCACGUGAUCGGAAAUAGUAUUCUUAUCAUUAAUUACUUUAUUUAUAAUUUUUGGCGAUGAAUUAUGGGAACUUUUGUUUUUUGUCAUAUCGAGUUCCUCGAUCCAAACCUCGUUUAGGUAAGGUUAAUCGUCACUCGUUAAUCGUUAAUUGAAGUGACGAGUC